AUGGAUAUACUAAGAAUUAGUUAUGAUGGGCUUGAAACUCUCCAGAAAGAUUUAUUCUUGGAUAUUGUGUGUUUCUUCAGGUGGGAAAGCAUAGAUGAUGCAAUGGAGAUACUUGAUGCUUGUGGCUUUUACCCUAAAAUAGAAAUAGAAGUGCUAAGACAAAAAGCGCUCAUAACUACUACCGAUGAUAAAUUUGAUAUGCAUGAUUUGGUUCAAGAAUUGGGACUAUACAUUGUUAGAGGAGAACAUCCCAAGAAUCCUGAAAAGCAUGGCAGAGUGUGGAAUAAUGAAGAAAUCAGUAACAUGUGUUAUGGGAAUUCAACAAUGGGACAAGCACACUGA